ACCCUGUAUAUAUAUCCCAGAAACCAAAAAAUAUCGGACUGUGCUUACAGAAGAUAUUUAUAAAUUUAAUAUUGAUAAUUAUGAUUCAGAAACUGAUACAUAUAAAAAAAGACUGAUAAAUUAAUUCUGCCUGAUGGAAAAAAACAAACUUGUCAAGUUUUAAAGUUAGGAGAUACAGAAGCAGAACUCAAGAUGAAAUCAAGUGAAAAAAGAGUUCGAGUUCCAAAAUUAACAACGUCUCUAAUUCAUGACAAUGAUGAAUCUUUACUCAGUCAGGAAAAGGAAAAUGAAAUCAGCAAUAUUGCUAAAAGAAGAAAGAUUAAUCAAGAGCUUUGUAAAAAAUCUACAAAGGAGACUAAUAUCUCUAUUAUUGCUGCUUAUGUAAAUGCAUCUAAACAGCGGUCGUUACAUUCCAGUGCUAAUCUUGAGAGUGAAGCAUCAACUGUUUCUAAUAACGAAGAAGACAAGUAUUUAAAUAAUGAUUUAUUAAAAAAAAAACAAAGGGAAUUAGAUGAAUGUUUACAGAUACUGAAACAUGCUGAAAACAGAGCAAGGCAUUGGGAAGAACAAUACAAUGCUUUAAAAAAAUCUGGAAAUUACAACCUUACGGAAAAGACCGAAAAAGAUAUUGUUACUAUCCUAGAAACGAUCAGUAACCGUACGAUUCAUGAUGACAUUGCAGGUGAUAAUGCACCUAAAUAUGAGAAUAAAAUUAAUAUUGCGUUUAAAGAACCAACAACCCAUAUAGGAAAUGAUAUUUGAAUACCUACAAUGAUUUACGAGGAACUUAUGCGUGAGAAAGAGUUCAGCUCAUUUAUAAAAAGUGCAUGCUAUGCUGUCUGGGGACCCGACAAGCUGGCUGAACGUUCUGUGCGUGAACAACGUAAUGUUAAGGAAUCGUCGUUAACUCCUACUAAAAAAAGUGCAGUUUCAUCAUUGUUUUGCCAUUGGAUGAAAGAUAAGAGACAUAUGCCGCAGACUUUUAUUGAGGAGCAAAUGAAUAGAACCAAACUGAACAAAUACUUCAACGGGGCAAUUACAGCAGCCAGGAAGAAAAUUAAUUACAAGGUCAUAAAAACGCCCAAUCCUGAAGUGACACAGAAAAAAAAACCUACAACUGAACAUUCACAAAAUUUGAAAGUUUCUGGAGACGACACGUCAGACAGUGAGCAUUCCUGCUCUGAGAAUGGGGAAACUACAAGAGGAUUAAAAUUUAAAUUGCCUUAUAAAGAUAUUGACUUUAAUUGUGAAAAUAUAUGCUUCACAAUUGAUAAUCGAAACAUUUUUAUACAAUUACAUGAUAAUGUGUAUAACGAAACAAUACCUGCAAUAAAUAAAAAUCCCAAUGAAAUGGUCGAGAAUGAAGACAAUAUAUGUCACGAAGCAAUAUCAAUAAAUGAUAAUACCAAUGAAAUAAUUAAUGAUGAAGACAUUAACAAAACUGAAGAAAUAUUUACAGACAAUAUUUUUCAUUGGACUGAUGCCAGUACAAAGUUAUUCCUGCAGAUAUACAGAAAGUAUAAAGAUGGUCUUACCCAAAGGAAAAUUAAAACGAAAAAAAUUAUGUGGCAAAAAAUAUCAGAAAACAUGAAAUCACAAGGAUACAAUGUGACCACACUGCAAGUGGAGAAUAAAUAUAAAUCUUUAGAACGGUUAUUUAAAAAUAUAAAGAAUCACAAUAAUAAAACUGGGAGAAACAGAUUAUCCUGCCUUACGAGACGUACGUACUUAUCUUUUUUAAUUUACAAAGAAUUAAAAAAUGGCUUAAGACUUUUAUUUAGAUUAUUGUUUUGUAUUUGCCUAUGAUAUGCAUUUAUUCUG